AUGCCACCGUUCGACCCCAGUAGCCGCGGUAUCAACAAGCAAAUGAUGCUCGAUUGGAUGCGAAUUAAUCAUCCAAUGACUCCUAUCAACUCUGGUGCGCUUAAGCAAGAGAUUGCGUGUAUUGUUCGGGGGCAACAGCCAGCUUAUUUCCCUAAUCCACAAAGCGAUGCCCCAGCUGUCGAUGUCCCUGCAGGAACCCCGAGGAUCUCGGGGGAUCCACCAGCUAUCAAUUCCAACCCUGCGAAUCCAGCACAAGAUCCCUCACCUAUCGAAGCCACUGUUGGAACUUUGGACGCGCCUGGAGCGUUGGUCACAGAUUCUUCCAUUGGUUUACGAUUGGUACGCUUCAAUCAACCUACUAUGCUUUUAAUUGGGUGUGUGGCUUAUGUUCCUUUGCAGCUGGAGGAGAAGCCGAAACAAUUGUCUUGUUCACAAAUGAAGAGUGGUGCAGUAAAUGUUCCCCAAGCCAAGCGAGCGCCAUCUGCUCAGAUCAAUAUCCGUUCAUUGAAGCGUUCUAGCAUGGUGCCACCAAUAACCUCCCCUAGUGAACAUACAAAAGCACCGAAAAAACUCAAGACUCGUUCAAAAUCCGAGGGCAAGCCACGCCAAUAUUUGGAUGUGUCCUUGCUUGAACCAAUAAGCAGCCCUUCUGGACCAUCAGUUACUGCUAAUAUCGUAUCUAAAGCCAAAGUCAAGAUUGAGCAUCAAAGUUAUCCCUUGAUUGAUCUCGGUGACGUCAAUUUGAUGGACGAACCAAACCCGGUUGUGGGAGAAGACAUACCUACCAUCGUAAGCAAAGAUGCCCCGGGGACGUUGCCUACCAUUACUUAUAUGAAAUCUGGCGCGGACAUCUUUCAGGAAGAACGCAAACAUGAUAAGCGUCAAAAUCUCACAUCACGAAUGGAGAUGAAUGAGAAAUCCGAUAUGUCAGCUUUGGCAGAAGAAAUGCGACGGGAGGAAGAAACUCGUGUACUUCAAGAGCGUCUUGCAGGUCUUGAAAAGACAAUUGAAACAUACAGAUUUUUACAUGAUAGGAUCCAAACUUUAGAAGCCGAGGUGUCAGACUUAUCCAACCAGCUCAAUGACGCAGUUGAUAACAUUCAAGCUCAGGAAGAGGUGAUAACUGGGUUGAUGAAGCUGGAUGAAGAAGAAAAUGGUGACUCUACCGAUGAGUCGGAGGGGACAUGUUAA